AUGUCGACUGCUAUCGGCGAACCGAAGGAGGAGUUGCACCAAAGAGUGGCUCAAGUCGACACCAACCAUUCUGAUGUCUUAAUCAACGCUGAUCUUAUGAACGAUGCUGUCGAUGGCGAGAACCGUGAGCAUGAAAUGCGAAUUUGGGAGGCGGUCAAGAGUCAUCCGUGGGCUUGCUUUUGGGCUUUCGUCAUGUCUUUCACUAUUGUCAUGGAAUCGUUUGACAUGUUCUUGAAUGGAAACUUCGUCGCCCUACCGGCCUUUCAGAAAAAAUAUGGUGUCGUCGUAGGAGAAAAUGCUUGGGCCAUCCCGACCAGAUGGCAAAGUGCUCUCUUUCAAUCUGGGCAGUGCGGAGCCUUUGUCGGAGUCUUCCUCGCUGGGCCUGUCACCACUCGACUUGGCUAUCGUUGGACGACCAUCUGGGCUUUGGUCCUCAUGAAUGCCACCAUCUUCAUUUCUUUCUUCGCCAAUUCUCUCACUCUUCUGGUAGUUGGCCAAGCGCUGGAAGGUGUGCCUUGGGGCUUCUUUAUCGCCAACUCACCAGCAUAUGCCAGUGAGGUUGUGCCUCUCGUCCUGAGAGGUGCCUGCACGGCAACCCUCCAGAUGAGUUGGUCUAUUGGAGGCAUAAUUGUCGCAGCUGCAACCUAUGGAUACCGUGCUGGUGUUGAUGAGUGGUCAUGGAGAAUUCCGCUUGCCUUGCAAUGGAUUUUUCCUACUCCACUCCUGAUCCUCGUCUUCCUUUCACCCGAAUCUCCCUGGUGGCUUGUUCGACGUGGCCGCAAGGCUGAGGCUCUUCGUUCAGUCGAACGUCUCGGACCCAGACACACCACAGAAAACGCCACACAGACGCUUGCCAUGAUGGAACGUACGGUCGAGAUCGAAGUUCAGCAGGGAGGUGAGCCAACCCUGCUCGAUUUGUGGAAGGGUACCGAUCUAAGACGAACGACUAUUAUCUGCCUGAUGUACGCAUCACAAAACUUCGCCGGUAACCUGAUUGCCAACCAGGCUACUUUUUUCUUUGAACAAGCGGGAAUCUCACCUGACCGUGCCUUCGCGCUCAACUUGAUCAAUUCAUGUCUCGGAUUCGUUGCCAAUGCAGGCUCGUGGUUCCUCACUGCUUGGUUCGGUCGAAGGACCAUUUAUCUCUGGGGUACCGCUGUCAAUAUCACCCUGCUCGUUCUUCUGGGAAUUUGUGCAUCAAUCUCGCAGAAUAAUGCCACGAACUAUGCCCAGGCGGUCCUCGGGAUCAUCAUCUCAUUCGUCUUCGCUGGUUUCAUGGGACCGAUUUCUUAUAGCAUAAUCGCUGAAACAAGCUCAGUCCGUCUCCGUGCAUUGAGCACCGGCGUUGGCCGCGCGGCCUACUACGUUGCCGAGAUUCCCAUGAUCUAUCUCGCUUCAAAGAUGCUCAAUCCGACUGGAUGGAAUCUAGCAGGCAAGUGUGGUUACGUCUGGGGUGGUACUGCUCUCGUGUGCUGGAUCAUGGCGUUCUUCUUUUUGCCAGAACUCAAGCACCGCUCUUAUCGCGAAAUCGAUAUCUUGUUCAAUCGCAAGGUUCCUGCGAGGAAGUUCAAGCAUACUGUCAUCGACGUCAAGGACAAUGAGUAA